AAUGUUGGGCUAUAGUAAACCUAGAACCAGAUGAGGCGUUAUCAGACAACGUACAAGCCAAACUGGUCAUUCACCACAAGAACUACAUUCCUGAGUUUACUACUACUGAUGGAGUAUUACUGGAACCUGGAAAGGACUAUGAUAUAAAACUCCAACAGUCUACUACUGAGACGUUAUCUGCACCUUAUGGACAAAAAUGCCACCACGAUAGUCAACUAGGAAUGGAUGAACAGGUUUGUGUUGGAGCGUGCAUCCACAGAAAACUUAUUGACAAGUGUAACUGCUUCUUAAUCGAUCCAAGUUCUGAAGGAGUUCCUGUGAACAGGUCUUCUGCACGUCCUUGUGGACUUGGAAGAAAUAUACCACACGUCCAACUCCAUAACUGUAUGAAAAGUCUUGGUGUUCAUGAGUUGAGAAACGCGUGUCAAGAAAAAUGUGUCCCCCCGUGCAGGAUGAUAUCCUAUCACACGACCAUGUUAAGCGCUGAUUGGCCUAUGAAUAACCGUUCGGGAAAGUCACGUUUCAAAAGUGAAUCGAUCUUCGAAAGAUGGACCGAAACUGCUCGGAGGAAAAUUGGACUUUCAACUUUGGAAGAAGAAAGGAGAAAUUUAGCAAGAAUUAAUAUCCAUUUCAGCACCAAAAUCCACGUGACUUACACACAGUAUCCCAAGUUUGAAGAAAUCGAAUUAUUCAGUUAUGUUGGAGGUUAUCUGGGAAUGUGGCUGGGAGCAUCCCUUUUUACUUGCCUGGAUUUUAUUGACAAUUUCCUUCAGAAGGUCAAGAAGAAGAAGGCUGUUCUAGCUCAAGAUAAUCCAGAAGGGCACAAGUCCUCAAAAGUAUCUAGAAUUGCAUUAAGUUCAGUUGAGAAUUAAAAAUUAUUUUUUUUUUUGGG